AUGGAGGUCUUUCUCACCAACCUGCCUCCGCCCCUGACGGAUCGGACCCUCGAGAAGGAGCUCAAGCCGCACAUGAAUACUCUCGGCAUCCUUGAAUGGUCAUGCUCGUCCAACUCGUCCAGGAGCAACAAAAAAGUUGGUUGGAUAACCUUCCUCCACCAGGAGGACGGGAAACGGUUUUUGGGGCGCCAUGGAAAGCAGACUAUCACUGAACCCGAGGCUACUUUCAAGUCCACACCGAGAGGAAGAAUGCCUCAAAGGGAAAGGGCAAACCUGAUGCUCAUGAACACCCCCGUCUGGGCUCAAGAAAGCAAUAAGCUCCCAGAUCCCUUCAUGCUCAAGAGUCUUGCUCAUCGUCUGGAAGAAAAACACAGACAGCGUACUCUGCAAGACGCUCCUUCUACUGACAAUACGGUCAUAUUCAACGUUAGUCACUUGGCUUGCGGCCAUAACUCUUUUGGGCCUGAUCAAACCUUGACGUUCAACGAACAAUGCCGCUUCUCUGACAGGGGCCUGGCAAAAUUUGGCAAGAGAAAGCUCAUACUCAAGUUCGACCAAGGGGCCAAAGUCGAGAUCCCUUAUUCCUCCGUCGUCGAGAUGAUACACAGCUCUACUCCGUCCACUUUCACCCUUCUGCUGAGCGAACCACCACGAUUCUAUCGUUCAAACCUUGACUUUAAAGAGGCAAUGGAACGGCUAGGUUUGAGCAACUUGGGAUAUCAGGUAAAGUCACUCGUCCGUGAACUCGGUAUUCCCGGCAGCAAGGAGCAUUUGAAGUACGCAGGCACCUGUCUUGUCUAUCAACUGGGAAUCUUUAGCCGCGAUUUCGAUCACAACAUGAUCAGCCUCAAAAAGAAGGAGCUGUUCGUCAUUGCGCACUCAAAGGUCACUCUCAACCAGAGGCCCAUCUCCAAUGACAUUGACUAUCACAUUGAAUGGACGCGACUCUAUGUACGUCUAGCUGAGGCCGGAUCCGCCAACAAAUUACCCUUCGGCCUUCUAUUCCAACUGCAAUCUUUGGUGUACAACAACUUUUUACAUCCACGCAGUGUUCACACAAUGUUGCUAUCGCUCGAGAAAAUAUUCCAAACAGCCAAAGCAGAAGGCAAACCUGAGCCCAUCUCCGAGCAGGCCUUCAGGAUUCUCCAUGGCACUGGGCUCGAUGGAAUUCCCUUUCCAUGUCAUAACACCGACCCAAGCGAACUGGACCCCGAUGAGUUACUGAAAUAUCUUCUGAUCAUCGAGAAGCGUCUACGGUCCGAAGCCAACGUCGAAUUCAGAGAUGUUUUGCUCGAGCCUGAGAUAACUGAUCAUCAUGCCUGGGUCUACAAGGCCAUAAUAACCCCCACAAGAAUCAUCCUGCAAGGCCCCGAUCUGGAGUCUCUCAAUCGUGUCCUCCGCAGGUUUCCAAAUCAGACGGACUAUUUCAUGAGAGUCACAUUUGCCGAUGAAGACGUCAGCGAUCUAGUCUUCAAUUCAAAAGUCUCCUACGACAAAAUCUUUGAACGCUACAAGCAUAUCCUCAACAACGGACUGUCGGUUGCCGGUCGAGUAUAUCAAUUCCUUGGUUUCUCCCACUCUUCACUGCGAUCCCAUUCGGCAUGGUUCUCAGCUCCAUUCGUCGAUGAUUCAAAGGAAUUCCAGAUGUACGCAAACAUCAUCAAAUCGCUGGGCGAUUUCGAGAAGAUACAGAUCCCGGCCAAGUGCGCGGCUCGCAUCGGUCAGGCGUUUUCGGAAACCCCCUCAUUCAUCUCGAUUAGCAAUGCUGAUAUUCUGCACUGCUACAUGCCAGACAUCAAAACAAAAGACGGACACAUUGAACGAGUUUUCAGCGAUGGUGUAGGCACAAUUUCACGCGAAGCUCUGGAGUUGAUCUGGCCGCGCCUUCCACGAGGCUCGUUCACUUCCACUUGUCUGCAGAUCCGAUGGGGCGGUGUCAAAGGAAUGCUGUCUUUGGACUCGAGGCUGCAAGGUCGGACGAUAUGCAUCCGGAGGGAGUCCAUGGAGAAGUUCCCCAGCACGGACUUGGAGAAUCUCGAAAUCUGUGACGUAGCAUCCAGGCCACUCAAACUGGUACUCAAUCGGCAAAUGAUCAAGAUCCUGGAGGACUUGGGUGUCUCCAAUGACUGGUUUUUCCGAUUGCAGAAGAUGGUACUUGAUCGACUUCGGGCCGUCACGGCAGAUGCUUACAACACGGGAACAUUUCUGCAUCUGCAGGGCAUUGGCACAGGUUUCUUCUUACCGAGCUUCAUCAAGGGCCUUGACAAGUACGGCAUAGACUACCGGCAAGACAGGUUCCUGAGAGCAGUGGUUGAGUCGGUUGUUUUACGGGAACUGCGAUUGCUCAAGCACAAAGCCAGAAUACCAGUUCCCAAGGGCGCCACACUCUUUGGCAUCAUGGACGAGACGAGGUUUCUCCAGGAAAACGAGGUAUACGUCUGUUUUGACACCGACCGACGACCAGGCAAACUAGCCAUCGAUAAAGCUAUCAAGGAUGGUACCCAAGUCCUCGUGACGCGGUCGCCGGCUCUUCACCCCGGCGAUAUUCAACUAGCCGUCGUGAAAAUACCGCCUGCAGGCCACCCGUUACGGGACCUUCGCAACUGCAUCGCAUUCAGUCAGUGUGGAAAACGUGACUUACCGAGUAAACUCAGCGGCGGUGAUCUCGAUGGUGAUUUGUACAAUAUCAUCUGGGACCAAGAAGCUAGGCCAAAAUGUACCUAUGGAGCUGCUGACUACCCCAGAGUAAUACCGGAACCACUCGGCCGACCGGUUACGAGAGAAGACAUGGCGAACUGGUUUGUUGACUUUAUGAAGUCUGACGUACUCGGCAUGAUUGCCAACAGACAUCUCAUUCUCGCGGACCAAACUCCCAAAGGAACGAUGAGCGAUGAGUGCAUCAAACUAGCUGAGCUGCACUCGACUGCUGUAGACUUUUCAAAGACGGGCAUUCCAGUCCCGCAGAAAGGAAUCCCAAAGGCACCCAACUUUCGCCCGGACUUUUUGGCCCCCGCUCCGCCUGCUCAGCUGUUCGAUCGGACGCAGAUCGACUUCCUCGGUAGGGACGAGGCUGUCGAAGAUGAUGACGAUGGUUUCGCACCGUCUUACAGAUACUACAAAUCGGACAAAAUCCUCGGCGAGCUCUAUCGCAAUGUCGACGAAAAGCAGAUCUGGGAUACUGAGGUCAAGAGAGCCAUUCCCAAGACCGGCCCCUCAGUAUGGGACCAAUUUGUCGGCCUGAUCCAGCGGAAAAUUCAAGACUACACUCAUGGGCGAGUCAGCUGGGGAACGAAGCUCAAGGAGGCCAAAAGUCUGCGGGACGUUUACGAAGAUCGUCUCGCCAGUGCCAUGACUACAUACUCCGACAGCCACUUGAAGCAGUUGAGGGAAGUCGAAGUCUUUUGCGGCUCGAUCUUCAACAAGACUGGGUCGCAGACUCGACGUCAGAAGGACAAUUCGAUGAAGCUCAAGCAAGAGUUCGAUCGGCUCGCCGACCUCAUGGCGCAACAAAUGCGGCGCAAAUUUCGCAACGCCGGAGACCAGGCUCCCCAAGCUGCCGACAUCUACAGUGUCCCUCCGGACCCUGCUACGCGAGGCACCAGCCAGAUUGGCGAUGAGUUGGAGCGACUCUUGGCGCCGAACAAGGAGGCGUUGGAGAUGUCUUAUGCAUGCUUCAUGGUCGGCUUGCUACCAAAUACCGACACUGAGCGCGGACAUCAGACAAUGCAGUUGGAGAGCUUCAAGGUUAUUUCCGCGAGCGUCUUGCUCAAAGAGCUCACGGAGCUUGCGAAUCGCGUGAAGGGCGGCCGACUUAUCGACCCAAGCAAUGAUGACGCUGCUGAUGGUGAUUUUAGGGAUGUCAGUGGCGGGCCAACAAUAUCGUAUGCAUACAGUGGUUAUGAUGUGGAUGUUGGACAAUAUCCCAACUACGGAUACAGCAAAUACCUGUAG